UCUUCACCAUUCUAAUCUCAUUUCAGCUCUGCAACCCAUUAACCAUUUCAUUCUUUUAGCUCUCAAUCUUUCUUUCUCUGAAAAUGGAAUCUGAACAAGCAAUGGCAGCUACUGUCUCAACCCGCCAAUUGACCACUUUCAAGUACUCGAAUCGGGUUCUCUUGAAAACCAUAUUGGAGAGAAGGGAUGGUGGCCUAGAAUUGGCUGGUGAGAGAGUUGUGGUUGGAGGGUGGGUGAAGUCCUCCAAGGAGGUCAGAAAAGAGCCUGUGCCCCUUAUAGUUGGUGAUCAUGGGCAGGAUGAACCUGAACCCAGAUCAGGUGUCAGCUGUGUCGAAAUUCUUCAGUCUCGGAUACCAUUUUUAAGAGCAAUUGUGAAGGUCUUGGGAGGAAGCGGCGGCCAUUACCCUCUUCGCGAAAAGCUGGAGGCUGCGCUUCAUAAGCCCCCUCCUCCUUCCACUGUCUUCUUGAAAGUCAGUGAUGGUUCUUGUGUUGCAACUCUUCAGGUGGUUGUUGAAUCCUCCCUAGCUCCACCAUGCCAGCUUUUGCAUACUGGAACUUGUAUCAUAGUGGAAGGUUUGCUCCAGCAGUCUUUGGUACAUGGCACAAAUGUUAUCGAGCUGAGAGUGGAUAAAGUACAUCAUAUUGGAACAGUAGAUUACAGCAAGUAUUCAUUAGCGAAAAAACGUGUGCCGUUGGAUAAGUUAAGGGAUUUUUGCCACAUUCGAGCUCGAACAACCACGGUGGCAUCUGUUAUGCGAAUCCGCAAUGCGCUGGAUUUCGCAGCUCACACAUUUUGUCAAAACCAUGGUUUCCUUAGUGUGCAAGUACCGAUUCUAACGACCACAGACUGUAAAGGAUUCGGUGAAAAGUUCCAGAUUACUAGUCUUUUUGGCAAAGCAGGUGAAAAGGAUGAGCCUCAUCAUAAGGCCAUUGCUGAACUUGAAGGUGUUAGUCUAGAUGUUAUUAAGGCUGCUGUGAAGGAGAAAAGUAACUUGGUAGAGGAACUCAAGAGGACUGAUAGCAAUAAGGAAGCAUUGGAUGCUGCAGUACAGGAUUUAAGGAAAGCAAAUGAAUUAGCAUCACAGUUGGAAGCAAGAGAAAAAGCAAAACCAAAAACUUCUCAAAAGGUUGACAAUGUUAAAUCUUCUGAGGAUUUCUUCUCCAGCCCAACUUAUCUAACCGGUUCUGGUCGAAUGCAUCUGGAGAGCUAUGCUUGUGCCCUUGGAAAUGUUUACUCCUUUGGUCCCAGAUUUCAAGCAGAUAAAGAGGAGUCCCCGAAACAUGCUGCAGAGAUGUGGAUGUUUGAAGUUGAAUUGGCAUUUUCACAAUUAGAGGAUGCAAUCAAUUGUGCAGAUGACUUUCUCAAGUUCCUCUGUAAAUGGGUAUUGGAAAACUGUCCUGAAGAUAUGAAAUUUGUUUCUCAACGAAUCGACAAAACCAGAUCUGAUCGUCUUCAUUCAGUGAUUUCAAGUUCCUUUGAAAGAAUUUCCUACACUGAAGCAUUAGAUGCUAUAAAGAAGGUUACAGAGAAGAAAAUUGAUACAAAAAUAGAGUGGGGUGCUGCAUUAACAGAAGCAGAUCUGAGUUAUUUGGCUGAUGAGAUCUACCAGAAGCCUGUAAUCAUAUACGAUUAUCCAAAAGAAGCCAAGCCAUUUUAUGUAAGGCUGAAUGAUGAUGGAAAGACAGUUGCAGCAUUUGAUAUCGUUGUACCGAAGGCUGGAAAGUUGAUUUCUGGUAGCCAAAAUGAGGAGCGCAUCACUAUUCUAACUACAAGGGUUAAGGAAUUAGGCUUAGCAAGAGAGCAGUACGAAUGGUACUUGGAUCUUCGCCGGCAUGGAACUGUUAAGCACUCUGGAUUCAGUCUUGAGUUUGAUCUUAUGGUUCUCUUUUCCACUGGCCUGACUGAUGUAAGAGAUGUUAUCCCCUUCCCCAGAAGCUAUGGCAAAGCCAACUACUAGCCAAACUCUGAGGGCAAACAUGUAAAUGACUCAAAGGGUGACAAAACUGUAGAUAUACAUUGAGUACAAACAUAUAAAUACAUGUAAAUUAAUAAGGAAAUUUAUAAUCA